AUGACAGCCAAAGUGUUGCCGCCAUCUGUGUUUCCCACUGCGGCACCAAUGCACUCUCCUCCACAAGUUAUCGAGAAUAGAUACAUCGACGACGACAAGCUUGUAGAAAUCUGCAAGGAGAGAUUUGGAGCGGGAAACUACAGAUUGAAGUUCAAGCUCCGCAAAUGGUACCUCUCAGCACCCUGCUGGCUCGACGAUGAGACGAUCGAACAAUGUGAGAUGGAAUAUCUUUAG